CGCCCACCGCGGCGGCGCGCACGACGCCCCCGAGAACACUCUGGCGGCCGUCCGACAGGUCAGCGCGGGUGGCCCCUCCCGGCCCGGCCGUGCCCGCGGAGCGCUGGGGGACGCGCAGGGCCGGGGGUGAAGUUAGGAGGUGGAAUUGCCGGGCUGUCAGCCCGGCUUCGGUGCGUGGAAGGUCGCACAGCGGGUCGUCUUGAGGGCGAUCGCACGGCGUGUGCCAGACGGGCGGGGCAUCGGCACGGCCAGCGUGGGCUCACGAGGGGCUCGUCCUGCCCGACCAGCCCGGUGCCGUACGUGACCGAGCGGCCGCCUGGCCGAGGAGGGGAAGGCUGAGCACGUAGGCUGCGCUCCUAAAUGGAGAGCGCCCUCAGUCCGUUUGCAGGUGACACCAAACCGGAGGAAAUGUCGAUCUGCCUGAGGGCAGCUGAAAAUGGAGCAACGGGUGUUGAACUGGACCUUGAAUUUACUGCGGACGGUGUUCCCAUUCUAAUGCAUGAUGAAACAGUAGAAAGGACAACGGAUGGGUCUGGAAGAUUGUGUGACCUGACUUUUGCUGAAAUUAGGAAGCUUAAUCCAUCUGCAAAACAUAGGCUAUGGAGCAAAUUCCAGGGUGAAAAGGUACCAACUCUGAGAGAGGCUGUAGUGGAGUCUUUGCAGCACAAUCUUACAAUCUACUUUGAUGUCAAAGGCCAUGCAAAUCAGGCAGUUGAUGCCCUAAAACAACUCUACCUGGAAUUUCCUCGUUUGUAUAACAGCAGCAUAGUCUGUUCUUUCAUGCCAGAUGUUGUUUAUAAGAUGAGACAAGCUGACAGAAACGUGGUAACAGCACUAACAUACAGGCCUUGGCAGCUGAGUCACUUUGGAGAUGGGACACCUCGCUUCAGUUCCUUCUGGAAACAUUAUUUGUAUAUGAUGUUGGAUGUCAUUCUAGAUUGGAGCCUACACAGCUUCUUGUGGCGGUUAUGUGGGGUUUCAGCCUUCCUCAUCCAGAAGAAUUUUGUUUCUCAAGAUUACGUGAGGCACUGGUCCUCAAAAGGAAUUCAAGUGGUUGCCUGGACAGUGAACACAUUUGCAGAAAAAACGUACUACGAAACCAUCCUUGAAUCCAGCUACAUCACAGACAGCUUGGUGGAAGACUGUGAUCCUCAUUACUAGGCCCAUGCCUUCCAGGUACUCACCAACUAACACGAGAUGUCUUAGGCAGGUGUGAAUUUACCAACAAAAGCAAACUGACUCUUCCUUUGGUUGUUAAGUCAUAUCAGCCAUUUUUGAUGACAUACUGAACUGUCAUCCUUGAUUCUAGUACUUGAAACUGUUUGUUCUAUAACUGUAAUAAUUUGAGAUUAUUUAUGGUGUCUUAAAAGCAUCUACAUUACUGUUCUGAGAACAGUGGCAAAAUAUGGUACAAAAAAAAAAGAGGGCAGGUAUAUUUCCCUCCUUCAUGGAGAGAUGGCCGUGCUGCAUCUUGUAGUAAGUGCAGUCCUGUUUUGGUGGGGUAGUUCCUUGUGCUACUCAGUUGUUGCAGUCACUGUUUCCUUGUUUGGGCACUGCUGUAUUCCAGCUGAGGUACCCCACAACAUGCUGCACACUUUGUGUUGUGCUAUAGGAAACCUGCACUUAGCAGCAACGGAACAGCAGAUUGUACGGAUCAGUGGUGCACUUCAGUACACUGCUUUGUGUAUAAAAGCUCUCGAUAGUGCUCCUCAAUUAGACUUAGAAUUAGAUCUAGGUCAUAUGAGAGCUAGCUGAUAUUUAAAAUCAACUUUAAAAGGCAAAAGGUACUUAAACAAACAAAUCAGUUGUAAGUGGAAAGAACUGUACAGUUGUCCCAAUGAAGUUCAGACUUCUAAACUAGUGGCAGAUAACUGCAUCUUAUUCAUGUAGUGCAACAGCACUCAAAUGUGCAACCUGCCUGGCAUGUGCCAUUCGUAGCUUUCCAGUCUGGUCAUAAAAACACUUCUUUUUGUUGGUUUCUAAUUGUGUGAGAUGUUCUGAGAUGAGAGCACAUGCUCUCUACUGGAUGACAGCAGCAGAGGCACUUAAGAUCUCACACACUGAUGAGAAGAUCAAAUACAUUCUGGAAAUCACUUCAUACACCACCCCAGCAAGGAACAGGGCUGCUCCAGGUGGUGCCACAUGGACAGUGACAACACUAUUACAGUGCUUUUUUCAAACAAAUCUCUACUCUCUCAGAGAAAUGCAAGGAUAAUUAACCAAUGAUUGCUGCCUUCUGCAAGCUGGGUUGGUUUUUUUCUUUUUAUCUUGAACUACACAUAAGCACAAAGGUACAUGGGAGUAAGGGCAUGUAAUGCUAUAAUGUGAUGGAAAGCACAGCAAUGACAGCAUAGUAGCAAAGUCCUAGGCUGCAGCAAGUGAGGAUAUGCUCAGUGCAGCAGCCGUGGACACAGAAACGAAGGAAAGAAGCUGCUUGUCCUUGGAAGGCCUCAGGUAGCAGGAAUUGCCAGCGAGAUACCCUUGCCUCCACUGCCAACCCUUAAGCUUCACAUGCUAUAUCAUCUGUACAUUUGUUACACCUCCAUCUAGUUUGUGGCCAGCCCUGAGUACCAAUCUUUGUGUUUACUGCUGCGUUUUGCAGUCAUUCUCCAGGCUCUACUCAGAAGAGCUCCCUUCACAGCAGGGGAUCCUUUCUCUAAAGGUCUCUUCUUGUUGCUGCUUGGGUUGCUGGCACAGUGGAUUUACUGCCUUUGCUGCCUGCACUAUUCACAGCCAGACUCCACAGCUAUGCAUGCAGAAACGGAAUAAAAUUCCAUCUCUGGUCUUGUGUA